UAACAACUAUACAAAUUCUUUUACAAGCUGUACUUUAAUUCUUAGUAGGACUUGUCUAUUUAAACUUAACGUUAGCCUCCAUUUUCCAAACUCCAGAUUUUCUUUCUGCUAUUCCACUCUUCAUUUAACCAAAAACUUCAUUAUUUGAGUCUAAAGAGAGUUACAAGUGGCAAAUCUUCGCAUCAAUGUCUGCACAAAAAGACAAAGGAGAGCAAAUGAAGUCGUUGUAUAGUGAUGAUUUCCAAGCAAUGUUGGAGAGAAUAGAGGAAGAAGACAAUGAAGAGAAAAAUGGACAAAUAAUGAAAAAGAAUAGAUUAAGUAUUGAAAAAGUGAAAGCAUUGGAGAAACAUUUUGAAGAAGAAAACAAAUUACAACCAGAAAGGAAAGUGAAGAUAGCUGAAGAAGUAGGGCUUGAGCCAAGACAAGUUGCUAUUUGGUUCCAAAAUCGUCGUGCUAGGUGGAGGACUAAAAACUUAGAAAAAGAGUAUGAUCAUCUUCGUGCUAAUUAUGAUGCUCUUAAGCUUAAUUAUGGUUCCCUUCAACAACAAAAGUGUUCUUUGCUUCAACAGCUUAAAGAGUUGAAAGCAAAAAUAAAAGUACGAAACUCAAAAAGAACAACAACUGCAAGACUUUCAAGCAAUGUGACAAGUGAAGAAACUUGUGCAAAUGAUGUGCCAUUAUCAACAUGGUUAACACCAUCUCCUUGUAGCACCACGUCCACGACGGCGUCGACGUGGGAUCCAUUAGCCAUGGCAUCAUCAUCAUCAUCACUUGAUGGAUUUCAGUUAUGCAAAGUUUAUCAAGAUCACUUGAUAAAAAUGCAGGAAGAGUUGGGUUUACAUACUAUUUAUAGUAAUGAAUUAUCUGAUAAUUUCUUUUCAGUUGAUGAAGCUCCUACCUUGCAUUAUUGGUACAAUAACGAUCUAUUUAAGAAUUAACUACUAGCUUUCUAUGGUUGAUGUUAAUAUUAUAUAAAUAAAUUUUUAAUUGAAGUCUAGAUAAAUAGACAAAGAGUACUUAUUCAGAAACUCAUGUAGAUGUGCAAUAAUAGAAUUAAUGGUCCAUUUGGUCGGUGAUAUUAAACGGUGAUAAUGGGAAUGAAAAUCAGUGUAAUUUUGGUUGAAAAAUUUCUUUUGGUGGAAAUUUGUAAAAAAAACUUGUGAAGAUUUGUUAAAAAAAAAAUAAAUUUUUAUGAUGCGGUAUUAUUGUUGGGAGAUGUGAUAUUAGGUGGUAAUGGAAAUUUGUAAAAAAACAAAAAUUUUAUAAUCAAAGUUUCAUUACCAUGGAAAUGACUUGGAAUUUUUGAUGAAAUUCUACACUAUAAAUCAUUUCUAUUACCACCAUAUAGUACCACAAACCAAAUGAGCCGUAAGGGUUUUAACUUGUGAAGAUUGCUUAAUUUAUUUUGGUGGUUUUGAGCAUGUGUAAGAGUACUUAGCAUUUACAAAUAGACAUUUGUUCUUUUUUGAUGUUAUUACACGUACAACUAG